AUGAUAAAACGAUUUUGCAAAACAAUACGGCCUAUAAUGGAAUCAAUUAAAUGAAAAGAUUUCUUCGCAUACAGCCUACUUAAUUUAGUGGAUUGCCUUAGCCAAAUAAGCGUAAACAGAACAAUCGCCCAGUAUCACAAUAACAAGUAUUGCAUAACCCAGUAUUGUGGAGUACGAAAACUAAGAGGUUAGCGGUUUGGCCUGCGCCUGAGCAUGCACUUAGAACAUCUAAGAGAAAGAUUAGUUGCUUUUAAACCACCCAGCUGAUAAGUCGUCUUUUGCGGUUCAAUUUGUGUGUGUCCGAAUAUUUAUAUUUCGAAAAGUUUUGUGUGCACAUUGAAGAAGAGAGUCAUAACUGAAGACAGCUUAAAUAAAAUGCAGGAGAGCCUCUUAUGACGAAAAAGAACUGAAGCAUCCCGAAAUUUGCCACAAUGACAACGUCAAACAGUACAAUAACGAAUGUCUACGACCGCCUCUUCGUAGAAUUAGCCGAUCCCAGAACAAACGAUUGGUUCUUAAUAAAGAGCCCCAUACCAGGCCUGACGAUAUUAGGAUUAUAUCUUUACUUCACACUAAAAUGGGGUCCCAGGUACAUGGCCGACAAGAAACCCUUCCAACUCCAGAAGACCCUGGUGGUUUAUAACUUUUUACAAGUUAUUGUCAGCAUUUUCUUGUUUUAUGAGGGUCUCGACGCAGGAUGGUUAAGAACUUACAGUUGGAAAUGUCAACCAGUUGAUUUCUCACCAUCACCGGAAGCUAUGCGGGUAGCAAGAGGCGUCUACAUUUAUUUCCUAGCUAAAAUGACUGAACUUCUCGACACGGUAUUCUUUGUUAUACGAAAAAAGGAGAGACAAAUCACAUUCCUCCAUUUAUACCAUCACACAGUCAUGCCCAUGAUAUCAUGGGGAGCUACGAAAUAUUAUCCCGGGGGCCAUGGAACAUUGAUCGGAGUUAUCAACUCCUUCGUACAUAUUAUUAUGUACACAUACUAUAUGAUGGCUGCACUGGGUCCGAAAUACCAGAAAUAUCUGUUCUGGAAGAAAUAUAUUACGACGAUGCAAAUGCUUCAAUUCUGCAUCACGUUCAUUCACUCCUCACAACUUCUGUUCUACGAGUGCGGAUAUCCACGCUGGUCGGUCGUCUUCACGCUUCCAAACUCCAUAUUUUUCUACUAUCUCUUCUACGACUUCUACUACAAAGCAUACGGAAAACCAGUGAAGAAGGCCAACAUCACAAAUGGUUCAGUGAAUGAGAGCAAAACAAACGGAAUAUCGAUGACCAAUGGGUACAAAAAUGGCGGUAUACCAAAUGGUUCACCCAACGGAAUAGAUAAAAAAAUCGAAUAAAAUUUAUUGCGCUUUUAUAUAACAAAGUUUGAUAUAUAUUGUCGAUAUCACAGUUUGCUUUACGCGGUAACAAAAACUCUGAACAUAAAUGCCUGGCAUACAAUUAAUAGACGAAUGUAGUUUGAUGAUUCGCUUGGGGUCAUUCACCCUUAAAAGGUCAUAAAUCA